AUGUUUGGUAUACUCAUAUUAUAUUUGGCAUCACCAGGAGUUCCAAAAGUAUUGGAUAUAAUUAUUCCAUUAAAUGAAUCACGACCACGAAUAUUUCUGUAUGAAACAGAAUAUUUUAUCGAUCAAGAUAAAUAUUAUUUCUCUUUGCUAAUUCACGCGUACAUGACUGUUCCAGUUUCAGUUGGAAUUAUAGUUUUUUUUGACAAUGUACUUGCUACGUACAUUAAUCACGCAACAGGAAUGUUUGAAAUUGUUAGCACACACUUGAGAAAUUUACAUAUUUCUAUUAAAUCAGAUCGAGAAGAAAAUGAAUAUGAUCGAUAUAAAAAUAUCAAAAAUCGAAUAAUAUAUUGUGCAACUGUUCACAAUAAUACAAUUCAAUUUGUAAAUUUAGUUGAAUCAGUUGGUACGAUUGCACUUUUAUUUAUCGUUGGACUUAGCACGAUAAUUAUAACAAUAACAGGAAUGACAACAGUUAUGAAGAUUGACCAACCAAGUGAAGCUCUAAGAAAUUUUGCAUUUACAAUUGGUGCUGUAUUUCAUUUAUUUUAUAGCAGUUAUCAAGGAAAUUUAUUGAUUAAUCAGAGUGAAAAUGUCUUUACAAAUGCUUACCUCAGCGAAUGGUAUACCUUGCCAAUAAAUUUACAAAAACUUUUGGUACCAAUUAUGAUGAGAGCCAAAAAACCAUGUGCUUUGACAGCCGGACGUUUGUACAUCCUGUCAAAUGACAAUUUCAGUCAGGUAUAUUUUUUGAAGAUGGAUACUGUCGCAACGUCAUAUCAUAAAAUUAAUAGAAAAUUUUUAAAAAGCCUGGGUAUUUGGCCUUAUCAAUCAUCCCUUUCAAAAAAAUUUUUUAUACUUCUUACAUUAUUUUUAACCAUUACACAUGGUUAUCUUCAGACUGCUGGUAUGUUUGCUGCGUUAGUUGCUGAUAUUGAUAUUUUUUUGGAAUCAGUACCAACUGUUUUAGCUGAUGUUGUUUGUUAUCUCAAAUAUUUUAAUUUUUUUUACAAUGGAUCAAAGAUGAAAGAAUUAUUAAUAACAAUGGAAAAAGAUUGGAAGAAAUAUACAUCCCCAGAAGAGUGUCAAAUUUUGGACAAGUGGGCUCGUUUUGGAAGAAAAGUUACAAUUUAUUACGCAGGUGCUUUAUAUGGUACACUAGUUCCAAUGGGACUUGUUCCACUUGUACCAGUUGUACUUGAUGUUGUUGCACCAAUUAAUGGAAGCUACCCACGACAUUUAAUGUUUCAACAAAUUGAAUUUUUAUUUGACUAUGAAAAGUACUUUUUUCCAUUGUUGAUACAUGGAUACUUUGGGACAAUGGCAUAUUUAACAAUUAUCAUUGCAAUUGAUACGAUUUUCAUGGUUUACAUACAGCAUGCAUGUGCUAAAUUUGAAAUUUUAGGAUUAUUUCUGGAUCGAGUGGCAAACGAUGACGAUGCUAUAAAAAAUCGUCAUUGUUCAAAAUUUGAUGAAAUAGAUUAUAAUGAUAUGGUCAACUGCAUCGCAACCCACAAUCAUGCGAUUGAUUUUUCAAACCUUAUUGAAGAAGCAAAUUACGUUUCAUUUUUGUUCAUCAUUGGUAUCAAUAUGAUCAUGAUGACAGCAUCAGCAUUGGUUGCUGCAUUCAAAAUUGAUAAUCCAGAUAUUGCUGGUAAAUUUGUUGCGUUCACAUUGGGCGAAGUAUUUCAUCUUUUUUACAGCAGCUGGCAGGGUCAAUUACUUCUGGAACACAGUGAAAGCAUUUUUAAUCAAGUAUAUCAGGCCAAAUGGAAUAAUGCAUCUGUACGAACACAGCGAUUAAUUAUUCCAUUGUUGAUGAGAUCAGCACAACCAUGUAAAUUAACAGCUGGCAAAAUGCUGACUAUGUCAUUGACCAGCUUCACAACUGUUGUUAAAACUUCAUUUUCAUAUUUAACAGUUUUCACAUCAAUGAGGAUAAAUGAUGAUGUGGCAAACAGACAAAUGAUUGAAUGCUUAAAACAACAUAAACAUGUAUUAGAUUAUGCCAAGUUGAUUGACAGUAGUCAUCAUAUUUCUUACUUUUUUCAACUUGGUGUUAAUAUGAUAUCAAUAUCUUUCACUGGAUAUCAAAUUGCAACGAAAUUAAGUACAGCACCAGAUGUGUCAAUUAGAUUUGGAGCAUUUACUGUGUCUCAAUUGAUUUUACUAUUUUUUUUGAGCUUGCCAGGUCAACAAUUGUGUGAUCACAGUUCUGAAUUUUUUAACAAAGUUGCAAAAUGGUAUAAAACAUCAAUGAGAACUAGAAAAUUAUUUCUUUUAAUGUCUAUGAAAAGUGCCAAACCAUGCUAUCUCACAGCACUACAUUUUUAUAAGCUAGGCUAUGAAAACUAUGGAAUGAUAUGGGGUGCAUUAUUAGUACGUGAAGAAUGGGAAAUAUUUUUAGAAACAAUACCAAAUAUAUUGAUGACAAAAUUAUUGGACCAAUUGGAGGAUGAUUGGCGUGAGCUAAAAUCAUCUGCAGAGAAAGAAAUUUUAAAUGAAUAUGGUGUCUCUGCAAGAAAAUUCACCCUAACAUAUCUCGGUAUCAUGUGGGGAACAAUGACACCAUUUCUAGUUGUUCCAGCAGUUCCACUUGUUAUUAAUAUUUUUCUGCCUAAUAAUGAAACCUUGCCAAGGCAUAAUCUCAAUAAAAUUGAAAAUUCUGAUAAAAUAAAAUUUGAUGUUAAUCCAAAACUAUCUGAUGAUAAAGCACACAAAGAAAUUGGCCAAUGCAUGAAAUUACACAAUCGUGUUUUAAAAUAUUCAGAACUGAUUGAAGCUGCUCACUACAUAUCAUAUUUUUUUCAACUGGGAAUUAAUAUGAUAUCAAUUAGUUUUGCAGGAUUUCAAAUUGCAACUAAAAUACAUACAGCACCAGAUGUAUCAAUUAGAUUUGCUGCAUUGAAUUUUACGCAAUUAGCAAUUAUGCUUUUUCAAGGUUUCAUACAAGGUCAACAAUUAUUUGAUUCAAGUGCUCAAGUUUAUCAUGACAUCUAUAAUUCAAAGUGGUAUAAUACGUCAAUGAGAACGAGAAAGAUACAAAAUUUAAUGUCAAUAAGAGCAUCUAAACCAUGCCAAUUAACAGUUUUACUCAAGACAGUAACUUUAUAUUCCAGUUGUAUAUUUGAACAAACAGUGAACAGUAUGGAUUCUUCAUUACCAUCAUAUUUGAAAAUAAAUAAAGCCCUACUAGGCAUGUUUGGAUUGUGGCCUCAUCAGAAUAUAUUUACUAAAAUUUUAUUAUCAUUUAUAUUAAUUUUUUUUACAUCAACACAAACAAUAUUUCAGAUAUGGGGUGCAUUAUUAGCACGUGAAGAAUGGGAAUUAUUUUUAGAAACAAUACCAAAUAUAUUGGCAGGUUUUAGUAUUUUUGCUAAAAUGGGAAAUUUUUUUUUCAAUAAUCACAGGAUGAAAAAAUUACUGGAGCAACUUGAGGAUGAUUGGCGUGAGCUAAAAUCAUCUGCAGAGAAAGAAAUUUUGAAUGAAUAUGGUGUCUCUGCAAGAAAAUUCACCCUAACAUAUCUCGGUAUCAUGUGGGGAACAAUGACACCAUUUCUAGUUGUUCCAGCAGUUCCACUUGUUAUUAAUAUUUUUCUGCCUAAUAAUGAAACCUUGCCAAGGCAAAUGUUGUUUGUUCAAUAUGAAUAUUUAUUUGAUUUGAAAAAAUAUUAUUAUCCUGUCAUUAUUCACAGUUGGAUUGGCACAUGUGUUUUCAUGAAUAUUGUUGUUGCUCUGGACACAACUUGCAUGGUAUACGUUGAACAUGCUGCUGCUCUUUUUAGAUGUGUUGGCCAUAAUCUUAAUGAAAUUGAAAAUACUGAUGAAAUAAAAUUUGAUGUUAAUCCUAAACUAUCUGAUGAUAAGGCACACAAAGAAAUUGGUCAAUGCAUGAAAUUACACAAUCGUGUUUUAAAAUAUUCGGAACUGAUUGAAGACGCUCACUAUAUAUCAUAUUUCUUUCAACUUGGAUUUAUGAUGAUUUGUAUGAGUUUCACGGGUUUCCAAAUUGCAACUAAAAUACACACAGCACCAGAUGUAUCAAUUAGAUUUGCUGCAAUGAGUUCUUCGCAAUUAGCAAUCAUGCUUUUUCAAGGUUUCAUACAAGGUCAACAAUUAUUUGAUUCAAGUGCUCAAGUUUAUCAUGACAUCUAUAAUUCAAAGUGGUAUAAUACGUCAAUGAGAACGAGAAAGAUACAAAAUUUAAUGUCAAUAAGAGCAUCUAAACCAUGUCAAUUAACAGCUGGAAGAUUUUAUAUUCUGUCUUUUCAAAAUUAUGGAAUUGUUGUGAAAACAGCAAUGUCAUACGUGAUGGUCCUUCUUUCUAUGGAAGAAGAGGAGUAAAUCAAAAAUUUCUAUCAAAAAUAUUAG